AUGGUCUGGAAGGACAAGAAGAUCAACAACAAUGACGACCGUCAGGCGUUGGAGGCCACCACGCCCACCAACACCAAGACGGUCUCUUGGCUCAAGGACUCUGGGCUGAGGCCGCUCAACUUUGGCCUGUUCUUCCUGCUCUGGGGAGACGUCGCGCACGGCUUUGAUGGCAGUCUCAUCAACAACUUGCAACAGAUCGACCAAUGGCAAGAUGACUUCAACCACCCUCGCGACAGCCUCCUCGGAGCUCUCAGCGCGUCUUACUGGGUUGGCAACAUCAUGGGUGUCCUGUUGAUCCCGGUUCUUUCUGACCGGACGGGUCGUCGUAUCGCUAUCGCGGUGGGAUGUAUUCUCUGCAUCGUCGGUGCCGUGAUCUGCGCGGCGACUAUGAAUGUUGGGGCAUUCAUCGCUGGUCGUCUUCUCCUUGGCAUGGGCGGCGUCAUUUGCAGCACCGUUUCAACUAUUCUCAUGACCGAGCUGGCAUACCCGGCGCACCGCGCCACGGCCACGGCACUCAGUUCCACAACCUACUCCGUCGGAGCCAUCUUGGCUGCAUGGGUUGCCUUUGGCAGCUUCCGCAUCCCGGACUCUUGGGCAUGGCGCGCGCCGACAGUUGUACAGGCCGGCCCAAGCGCGAUGGUUUUGAUCGGCCUCUUUUUCCUCCCCGAGUCGCCAAGAUGGCUCUGCAGCAAAGGCAAAGAGCAGACUGCGUUAGACAUCCUGACCAAGUACCACGGCGCCGGCGACCCCAACGAUGCUGUUGUUCAGCACGAGUACAAUGAGAUCAAGGAGACGAUUGAAGCCGAAAUGACUCAGAACAAGAACCCCUUCCAUCUUAAGGCACUAUUCGCGACCAAGGGUAACCGCUACCGUUCGUUCAUCAUUAUCUGGUGCGGUAUCUGCAAGCAGUGGUCAGGCAACGGUCUGGUCUCGUACUACCUCGGCAGCAUGCUCAAGAGCGCUGGCAUCAGCAAACAGAUUGAGACGACCCUCAUCACGGCAACCUCGCAGAUGUUCAGUUUCGCAUGCUCAUUCGCCUUUGCCUUCUUGCCUGCGCGAGUCGGUCGCAGGCCAUUGAUGUUGAUCAGCAUGGCCCUCAUGUGGGUUGUCUUUGCUGUUAUCACUGCCACCACGGGAGCAUACGUCGAGACCGGGAACCGCCAUGCGAGCUACACUACAGUUGCAUUCAUCUAUCUCUACAGCGGUGUCCACAACCUGGGGUGGACGGGAGCCCAGAUGCUCUACAUCGUCGAGAUCCUGCCUUACCACAUCCGCGCCAAGGGCAUGGCCAUGUUCAGUCUGGUUGCGGGUAUUUGCGGGGCCUUCAAUACCUAUGUCAACCCUGUCGGCAUUGCGGCCAUGUCGUGGAAGUUUUACUUCUUCUAUGUUGGCUGGAUUCUUGUGCAGUUCGUGGUCGUGUACCUGUUCUUCCCCGAGACCAAGGGACCCAGCUUGGAGCAGAUUGCUCUGCUCUUCGAUGGAAAGGAUGCUCAGCUUGGCAGAAUCAAUGCCGUGGCCGAUGAGAUGCUCGAUGAGAAGAAGGAUGUCGCUGUUGAAACGAGGGAGAGGCAGUAA